AUGAAGGUUAUCCCUCUUCUCACCACUAUGACUGCCCUCGCAGCUGCUACCCCAGCUCCUAAAGGCUGUACGCCUGGAACCUACUCGUGCACGCCCGACCUCAAGGGCUGGCAGGUCUGCAAUGUCGGCCGCACCUGGGUAUUCGCCGGUGUCUGUCCCCCGAAGACGGGUUGCCUGUUUAACAAGCAGAACGGCUCGCCGUAUUGCGUUCCCCCUGGCUUCCAUUUCUGA